AUGGCUCCUCCUAAGACAGGUACCAAGGGCAAGGCCGGCUCCAAGAAGGCUAAGGAUGCCGCCAAGUCUGCUCUGAAGGGUGUUCACUCCCACAAGAAGGCCAAGGUCAGAACCUCGACCUCUUUCCGCCGCCCCAAGACCCUCGUCCUGGCCCGCGACCCCAAGUACCCCCGCAAGGCCAUCCACCACGAGCCCCGCCUGGAUGAGCACAAGAUCAUCGUCCACCCUCUCAACACUGAGUCCGCCAUGAAGAAGAUCGAGGAGAACAACACCCUCGUCUUCAUCGUCGACGUCAAGGCCAACAAGGCCCAGAUCAAGGCCGCUCUGAAGAAGCUGUAUGACAUUGACACCGUCAAGAUCAACACUCUGAUCCGCCCUGACGGCUCCAAGAAGGCUUACGCCCGCCUUACCCCUGAUGUCGAUGCUCUCGACAUUGCCGCCACCAAGCUGGCUCUCGUCUAAGCGCUCUCAUGGGUAGUUGAUGGGUUUCCGGCAAAAAUUUGGGGGGUCUUAUGGGUACAAAAGGGAAAUGAAUGAUUUAGGGCAUUCAAACGGCGUCACACAGGAUUUUCGAGGAGCUCUUGAUACCAAUGGAAUGAAUUGACAAGUCCUCAUCCUGGCCCUAAUGCGUAACGCCUCUAAUAAUGCGUGAACUACCUAUACCUUGGAUAUAUCCGAGAGGAAAUGCAUCAAAAGUAAAAGUGUAUCCAAUUCGUAAUAUUCCAGAUCGCAUUUCAUAUAUGCUACGGCAAUUUCCAGCUCUUCUC